AUGGACAAGGACAAGAAGCUCAAGCUUUCGAGCAAAGCCUUCACCGACUUCGCGGCGGCUGCGCAGGAAGCGCACUCGCACGACACUGGCCCGUCGAUCGCACCAGCCUACCCCUUCAAGUUCGAGGGGACGUGCGAUUGCGCCUGGAACAAGAACCAGAAAGACCUCCUCAUGCAGCACGGUGCCGCCCACUAG